AUGACGGGAAAGUCAAAGAAGUUCACCGUGGGUGUGUUUGGCGACCCGGGAGCGGGCAAAACAACACUCAUCCACCAGUAUCUCUUCGGCAAAUAUCUAGAAGAGCACAAAAACAUGGUACACUACGGCAAAUGGGUUAAUGUCGAGUCGGAGCUCAUCGAGCUUGACAUCAUCGAAACGGGCAACGAUCCCGCGGACUAUCCCGAGUGCGACGCCAUGAUAUUUGUCUUCAGCACCUCGUCGACGACCACCUUUCACUCGGUGAUGCGGUACCAGAACAGCCGGCGACGGCUGACUGCCCUGGUCGGCACUAUGACCGACUACCACGGGCAGACAGUGGCGUACGACGCCGGGCUCAACCUAGCCAAGUGCAUGGGGGCCGGGUACUUCCACUUCUCGCCCCGCCACGGCUGGGGCGUGCAGACGCCGUUUGAAUUCUUGCUUCGCCGCUUCGUCGUGCAGCAGCCCAAGCAGGUCGAGAUUGUCCAGGUGCCCUCGAUCAACGUGUAUCAGUGGGUGCGAGCCAAGUGGUACGUCCACCGCAUUAAGAAGCCGAGGAGCAAGGUCUGGUACGACGACUAG